AUGCCUCUCCAGAUCUCCUUUCUGCCCUGUAUAGGCCUUGCGGCCCUUGUCGCAUGGGGAGCGACGAAGUAUUCAGAAUCUCUUGAAGUUUCGACGGCGCUCCAAGUCGCCUUACCUCUCGCUACGAUACUGUAUACGCUCUACUAUAGCUGGAUUUAUCCAUUGUAUGUGUCCCCGUUGAGGCAUAUUCCCACCGUUCCUGGCUUUCCGCUCUGGGGUCACUUCUUCGCCAUCAUCACCUCCGAGUGUGGCGUCCCGGCGCGCAGCUGGCACCAGAACUAUGGUCCAGUCGUCCGUUACUUCUUCCCGUUUGGCAGUGAGCGCCUUUCUAUCGCGGACGAUGAAGCAAUCAAACAAAUGACAAUCAGAAACCCUUACAACUAUCCCAAGCCCGAGCGUGCCAGGCGUUGGAUGAUGCCCAUUCUUGGUGAAGGCGUUCUCCUCGCCGAGGGCCAGGAGCAUGUUGUCCAGAGAAAAGCCCUUACACCGGCCUUUUCCAUCACCUCCAUCCGAUCCCUGAUGCCUGUCUUCUGGGAGAAAUCCUUGCACAUGGCAAGACUUUGGGACUCGGAAAUGGCCGCAGAGGGCACGACGUCGAAAUGCUUCGAAGUCCUCGAGUGGUUGAACAGGACAACCUUGGAUAUCAUCGGCCGUGCCGGACUUGGGACUGACAUUAAUUCUCUGGACGAUCCAGCGACGCCUUUGAGAGAUGCGUAUCGACGUUGUUUUGACUUCGACUUGCAAGCUCGCGUCAUCAACGGGCUUGCAGCAUUCACGUCACUCGUGCGCCUACUCCCCGCCCGGGCCAACCGAGAUAUUCUCAUUGCGCGAGACAUCAUUCUCAGCCGCGCGCAGAAGAUCAUUCAAGAAAAGCAGACAAAGGCACAUAUCAAGGAUGAAUCCCGCCAGAGAGACAUCAUUGGUCUCAUCGUCAAGGACAACAUGACUGCAAGCGCCCAGGACACCUUGUCCCUGGAGACAAUGCAAAACCAGGUCAUGACUUUCCUCGGUGCUGGACACGAUACCACAGCAACCUCUGUUGCCUGGACUCUUCUUUUGCUCGCCAAAAACCCCGACGUCCAAGUCAAGUUGCGCGAAGAGAUUCGAUCACACUUGCCUUUUCUCUUCGACCCUGAGGAGCGCAAAGAUGACGAAAAGGUCGAACGCGCCGACGUCGAUUUGUUGCCGUAUCUGGACGACGUCUGCAAGGAAUCUCUACGCUUUAUUCCCUCGAUCCCCAUGACCGUUCGAAAGACCAUUGCGGACGACACGUUGGCCGGAUACUACAUCCCUGCCGGAACCACCAUCUACCUCAUGGCCAACACGAUCAAUCGCCUUCCAAUGUACUGGGGAGCUACGGCCGACAAGUUUGAUCCUUCCCGCUGGCGAAAUCUUCCUUCCACCUACUCCACCAACGCAUUCAUGACAUUCUUGCAGGGUCCACGAGGCUGUAUAGGGCGUAAGUUUGCGGAGGUCGAGAUGAAGACUAUUCUCUGUUCCUUGCUCAGCAAGUUCAAUUUUGAGCAAGACCUCUCUGUACAGGAUCCGGAGGAGCUGAAGAUGUGGAGACUAGUUCUGAGACCCAGGGAUGGUGUCAGUUUGAAAGUGUCCAGACUGAGGGCUUAA